AUGAGCUCUUUCAAGAACGUCGCUCUCCUUGGCAAAGGUCUCUUGGGAACCGCAGUCACCACUGAGCUUGCCAACGCUGGCUUCAAUGUCACGGUAUUCGGCCGCGCCGAGUCGGCCUCAGAAGACCUCCCCGCUGGCGUGCACUACAAGGCGAUCGACUAUUCCUCAAUCGACACCAUCGCCACGGCCAUCAAGGGGCAGGAUGUCAUCGUCUCAACCCUCAGCAAGGGCGGCCUCCUCAUACAGAAAACCAUCAUCGACGCCGCCAUCAAGGCCGGCGUCAAGCGCUACAUCCCUUCUGACUGGGGCUCCUUCACGACCGACCCCAAGGCGGCGGCUGAGCUCGCCGUUAUGAUGAAGCCCAUGACCGACACGCAGAACUACCUCAAGGAAAAGGCCAGCGAGAUCGAGUACACCAUCUUCUCCGUCGGUGGCUUCACCGAUCUCGUCGUCAAGUUCCCCAUCGCCUUUGACUACGCGAACAAGACGGCCGUCGUGACGAACGGGGGCCACGCCCGCUUCGCAAGCACUAGUCUCGCUGGUAUCGGACAGGCGGUUGCUGGCGCCCUGAAGAACCCGGAGGCGACCAAGAACCGUAACCUGAAGCUUCAAGAGCUUGAAGUCUCCCAGUCGCAGCUACUUACGCUCGCCAAGAAGUACUCACCGCCUGGCACCGAGUGGAAGGAGACCGAGCUUGAUGGGGAGGCUGAGCUGGAAAAGAACCUGAAGGCCGCCCAGGAGGACCCGACCAACGAGUUCAAGAUGUUUGGUCUACUCAAGGCUGCCCUCCUUAGCGGCAGAUACAAGUCUGCUUACGACAAGCUCGAUAACGAGCUUGUGGGCCUCCCGCUUCUGACCGAGAAGGAUCUGGAGGCUAGGUUCGCUGCCGUUUACAGCUCCUAG